CUCGCUUUUCUAGGCCGUUUGGGAACAGAGCGCAGAGCCCACACAAGAAUGUGCAGCUCUCAGAGGGGCGGAGACAAGCUCGCUUUGCAUCCAGGCUGGAGCUGCUGGAGCAGCGAAUGUCUGCGCCGCUUAAGUUUGCGACGGGGGUUAGCGCGAGCGUUUCUCGGGGUUUGCGGACUAGAAUGGGUGCUUGUUUUUCUGGCGCAGAGACGGGUCGCCCACCCCGCGGGGCAGAACUAACCACGAUCCUCCACGGCGGAGAGGCUGCGAGUCGCCGGGACGCGAACAAGUGAAGCCCGCUAACACAGGGCGGGAGGAGACGCGCGGGUACUACGAGCGCGUGCCCACCGGAUCUUCCUGCGCGUAAAGCUCGAGCGCACCCACCGCCGCCGUUUCCCCGCGGGGCGGCUGUGAAAGUGGACCGACUGCGUUAUUCCCUCCAUCCACUUCCAGCCUGCGCGGGGGCAGAGUGGGUUUUAUGUCAUAGAGCCCGGCGCCGCGAGGUGGACCCGGCCGGUUCUCCCCGAUCCGCAUUCUUCCCCCGAUUCUGGCCCAAGGAUCCGGCUCCAGCGCGACCGUCAUGAGGAACACGGAGGAGAGCGAGGGGUUCGACGGCGAGGCCUCCAACACGUCCAUGAUCUCCGGGGCGAGCAGUCCGUAUCAGCCCACCACGGAGCCGGUCCAGUCACGGAGCGUUCUGGGCGGGAUCCGGUGGGACAUGGAGUACCUCAGGUCCUACUUCGGGAUUUUAAAGAUGGUCGAAGUGCUCCUGUCGCUCUUCGGCUUCGUCUGCAUAGAAACCAUCAAGAUGUGUUCUCCCUGCGGAGGCGUCUACUUCUUCGAGUUCGUCAGCUGCAGCGCCUUCGUGAUCACGGGCUUCCUCUUCCUGAUCUUCAGCCUCAACCUGCACAUCAAGGUUCCCCACGUGAACUGGAGCCUGACGGACCUGGUCAACACCGCUACCAGCACCGUCUUCUUUUUCCUGUCGUCUCUCGUGCUGGUCUGCAUCAACCACAACACCGAAGCUGAAAUAGCAUCAGCGGUCUUCGGCUUCCUGGCGACAGGCGUGUUCGGGAUCAACACCUUCCUGGCCGUGCGGCGGUGGCGCCUUGGUAACGGGUGUCAGGCGGCGGCUCAGAGCAGCGAGUACAUGCGAGCGCGCACGGCCUCUCGCGGGGAGAUGGAGGCGCGGCCCGAGCUGGGGUAGAGCCCCGCCGGGCCGGGCCGGGACCGAGGCGGCGCCACGCUCCACCGGCGCCGGCCCUCGGCCGCCAACCAGAACCUUCAUUUCACAGCCACGCAUCAGCUCCGUGGCCUCGCUUACUUUGAACCCUGGCCGCAGCGGCCUGGAGGGACCCUCCAGUGCAGGACUCAGGUCAGAAAUGAAGGAAAUCUCUGCAAGACGGGGGAGAAAAGACUUUGCCCCCAACCGUUCAUCAACUCUACGGAAGGUUUUCCAUUUCACUGUGAAUGGGUGAAACAAGGCCAGCUCUUGUACAGUUUGCUUACGCUACAUGACUGCCUGCUACGUCCGCGGUACCGACAUCAUAACUAUGACACGUGCUGAUGUGAGCACUUGCUCCUCUCUUGUUUUGGUACUUUUACAAAUGCUUCACUCAAGACUAUGAGAGACAGGAGUGUCUUUUUAACCCCUGUACUAUAAAUGUUGAGGGCACAUGUUGACCCGGUCCAGACUGACGCCCUCAGCCUCUACUCUGCUUCUCAGGUGUGGAUACAAUCACCCCCAUCUUUAGAAUCGAAUCACAGGGUGCCUCGGCCUGGACGCUGUAUUCCCUAAUGCCUUCCCACUUAUUAGACAGGGUAGUGCCAUUGUUAAUCAUUCACAAAAUGAUUUUAAACAGAGCAAGCAGGAUGGGUGGGAGGUGCUUUUAGAUGUCGCUGUCACUACUUUAUUGCUUCAGUUUAAUUCAUUGUAUGUGUAUCUAAAAUGUGUAGUUGCAAAGAUUAUGUUACAUGAUUUCAUUUCACAUUGCAUCUCAAACGUGUGCAAAGCAGUUGUUCUUCCUUUAAAGUUGAUGUAUUAUUAUUAUUAUUAUUCUUUGCUUUGUCUUGUACUUGAAAGGAAACACGUUGGUUUGCUCUUUAAGACGACAGGAGAUAUUUCAACUUUAUUUCAUAAGGUUCUACAUUGUUCUAGUUCUAUAAUAAUAACACUACAGUUAGUGCUGGAUUGGGACCUGUGUGACGUAUUGAAGCUGACUCUGCAGCGCCAUCUCCUGGUGAUUCCUUGUAAAGCCAGUAGCGUGUGUACUGAAGAAGGACCAGACACGGAUGUGACACAAGCAUUCCCACAACGCAUGAAGUGUCCAGUAGCGCUUGUCCCACCAAUCAGUGGCUGAAGUAGCUGUGUGGAAAGACAAUCAUGUGAGCAUUUAUGUCUGUGAAUUUGCUAGUGAUUCUUUAACUGUUGACUCUAAAGGCUGCUGCGUGACCGUAUAAACUGACCGUCACCUGUGUGGAACGCUGUCACGCUAUACAACUCUACAGGACGUUAUGAAGGACUUGUAUUUAUGAGGAAGAAAAGCUUUUUGCUGCGCUUUCCAGAUUGUGAUGAACACGAUGAGUCUGAGUCUUAUAAUUCUGUGUGUUUUGUUAAUAAGCAUGGAGACCUACUUAGCUGUAUUUUUGUAUUUAAACAAUAGUCUUCACGUUGGUUUAUAGUGACAAAUAAAGUGAUUUGGACAAACUC